GUAAAGAGAUAAACAAUCUUGUCUUCAGUAAGGCGACUUAUUUUAAAACAAAGCCGACCGGUCCGUUAUCUUUAUAGAUCAAGAUCUAAAUAGUUAAUUAUUGUUCUCUUCGUUUUUGACUAAGAUGUCCCAGUCAGCUGAAUCUUCCUCUUUCGGUGGAGCGCAAAGUAUGGAUACCUCUUCUCAAGCGGGUACGUGGGAAGCGCCCCCUGGUGACAGUACGAUCUACGCGUAUGUUGACAAGACUGGUGCAAAGGGGAUGAAGGAGGAGAAUACUGAGGCAGAUGGAGCCCAGACGUCGGAGAGUACGUCGUGGGCAGGGAAGUCGGAGGUGACAGCACUGUUUGAGGAAGGCGUGACCGUGUGUGGCAUACAUCCACGACUGAAGCUCAACGAAAUGCAGAAAAAACCAGUGGAGUUUGAGUUUGUCAAGAUGGAGGGGAUCCCCCACCUACGUCAGUACUUUAUGCGCUGUGAGGUGGAGGGCGAGGAGUUCGUGGGUGCGGGCCGCAGCAAGAAGCUGGCCGCAGCUGACGCAGCCGAAGCUGCCCUGCUCAAGAUCUACAAGAUUCGCUACGACCCAA